AGACUGUCCUUACAUGCAACGCAGAUUAAGCUAACUGCUACACUAUGGAACCAUCAUGCCUUAGCAACAGCCAGAAAUUGAACUGGCGUCAACUGUUUCUAAGGCAGCUUUGCUCACCACAAUAUUUGACUUUUUUAAGUGCACAGUUGCUUUACCGAGAUUCGAACCCAGGUCUUCUGCACCACUGACAGAGGUUUGGCCCCUGAGCUAAGGUGCCAUAAGAAAUGAUGUAGUUGAGAAACUCACAAGGGUCCAAAAAAUUGUAAACAGACCCUAAAUUGAUGGAUGAGCCAAAAAUCCUCAACAUGCACAAAAACACACAGACACAUGCUGGAUAGUCUCUAGAGCCGCAGGACACUGGCGUAACGAACCGGUCCUGACACUGGUACGCUUUCUAACAACACGGAGGUGGGAACCAGACUAAGUCACAGAGGACAGACUCAAGUUUUGGGUCCAGUGGCAGCACGUGGAGAAAGGAGUGGUCGAGGUCUGGGAUAAUGGGAGCUGGCUGACAGAAUGGGAGGGAAUCGGGGCUCAGGUUUCAGCCUGACAGGGGGUAAGGGGCCGGACUGAUAUUUGGGAAUAUACGAAGAUUCAUUGAAGGCAACGGGGACUAGAACUACAGCGUCUGGCUUUAAGUGGUCCAGCGCUGAGUCUCUGCUGCAGGUCCGGGUCCUGCCGCUGGAUUCCCCCGCGUCGGUGUUUGGAGAGGGUGAUAGUCGAAUGGUUCUGGCUCGGUAACUGGACACACACACACUUGAAAACACUGAGAGAAGACAGCGCCACCUUCGCACCUCUGUCUCUGGGCCCUGCAUGUCUAAUAUUUAGACAUGUUCAGCUUAAUGGAUUCCAGGACUGUACUGCUGCUUAUAGCAAGCCACGUCUGUCUAUUAGCCGUUGUGAGAUGUCAGGACGACCGAGUACCAGGAGCUAAGGGUCAGAAAGGUGAACCUGGAGACAUCACUGAUGUUGUAGGACCAAGAGGACCACAUGGACCAAUGGGCCCACCAGGAGAGCAAGGACCCCGUGGAUCAAGAGGAGAUAAGGGAGAGAAGGGAAGCCCUGGUCCCCGUGGCAGAGACGGGGAACCUGGAACACCUGGAAACCCCGGCCCACCUGGACCUCCAGGACCAAAUGGACCCCCUGGCCUUGGAGGAAACUUUGCUGCUCAGAUGGCUGGCGGAUUUGACGAGAAGUCUGGCGGCGCACAGAUGGGUGUGAUGCAAGGACCAAUGGGCCCGAUGGGACCCAGAGGACCACCUGGCCCCUCUGGAUCACCUGGUCCACAAGGUUUCCAGGGCAACCCAGGAGAGGCAGGAGAGCCCGGACAAUCUGGCCCCAUGGGACCCCGUGGCCCCUCUGGACCUCCUGGGAAACCUGGAGAAGACGGUGAAGCAGGAAAACCUGGAAAAUCAGGCGAGCGCGGACCUACAGGACCUCAGGGAGCUCGUGGAUUCCCAGGAACUCCUGGCCUGCCUGGCAUCAAGGGACACAGAGGAUAUUCAGGUCUUGAUGGUGCAAAGGGAGAGACUGGAGCUGUCGGAUCAAAGGGUGAAUCUGGUGCCCCUGGAGAUAACGGUGCCCCCGGACCUAUGGGACCUCGUGGUCUGCCUGGUGAGAGAGGCCGUCCUGGACCUAGUGGAGCUGCAGGCGCUCGUGGUAAUGACGGUCUUUCAGGACCUGCCGGUCCCCCGGGCCCGCUCGGUCCUUCUGGAGCUCCUGGUUUCCCUGGGUCCCCUGGUGCAAAGGGAGAAGCUGGACCUACUGGUGCUCGUGGACCUGAAGGUGCUCAAGGACCUCGGGGAGAGUCUGGAACCCCUGGAUCACCUGGACCCAGUGGUGCUUCUGGAAACCCUGGAACUGAUGGAAUCCCUGGAUCUAAAGGAUCAGCUGGUGGUCAUGGUAUUGCUGGUGCUCCUGGUUUCCCUGGACCACGUGGACCUCCUGGGCCACAGGGGGCAACUGGACCACUCGGCCCCAAAGGAACAUCCGGAGACCCAGGUAUUGCAGGAUUCAAGGGAGAGGCUGGACCUAAAGGAGAAAUUGGACCAGCUGGAACUCAGGGACAACCUGGUCCCCAAGGAGAAGAGGGUAAGAGAGGGCCAAGAGGUGAACCAGGUUCUGCUGGACCACUCGGUCCCCCCGGAGAGAGAGGCGCACCAGGAAACCGUGGUUUCCCAGGUCAGGAUGGUUUGGCUGGACCCAAGGGAGCCCCCGGUGAGCGUGGACCUUCUGGAGCCAGCGGCCCUAAGGGGGCCAACGGUGACCCUGGUCGUCCUGGAGAGCCUGGUCUGCCUGGUGCCAGGGGUUUGACCGGAAGCCCUGGUGACGCUGGUCCUCAGGGGAAAGUUGGACCUUCUGGAGGCUCCGGUGAAGACGGACGUCCCGGCCCACCUGGUCCACAGGGAGCCCGUGGACAGCCUGGUGUCAUGGGAUUCCCUGGACCCAAAGGAGCAUCUGGUGAAGCUGGCAAAGCUGGAGAGAAGGGAUUGGCUGGAGCUCCUGGACUGAGAGGUCUUCCCGGCAAAGAUGGAGAAACCGGCCCUGCUGGACCUCCUGGACCUUCUGGUUCUGCCGGAGAGAGAGGAGAACAAGGACAACCUGGACCCUCAGGCUUCCAGGGUCUUCCUGGACCUCCUGGCCCCCCAGGUGAGGGAGGCAAACCUGGAGACCAGGGUGUACCUGGAGAGGGUGGAGCUGCCGGUGCUACUGGACCCAGAGGAGAGCGUGGUUUCCCUGGAGAGAGAGGACCUGCCGGUACUCAGGGUCUUCAGGGACCCAGAGGUCUGCCUGGAACCCCCGGAACUGAUGGACCUAAGGGAGCUAUCGGACCUGCUGGUGCUGGUGGAUCUCAGGGACCUCCUGGUCUGCAGGGAAUGCCUGGAGAGAGAGGAGGCGCUGGAAUUCCAGGACCUAAAGGAGACAGAGGUGAUCUUGGAGAGAAAGGACCUGAGGGAGCGGCUGGUAAAGACGGCGGCAGAGGUCUGACUGGUCCAAUUGGUCCUUCCGGUCCAUCUGGUCCCAACGGUGAGAAGGGUGAAUCUGGACCUGCUGGACCUUCUGGGGCUCCUGGUACUCGCGGUGCACCUGGUGACAGGGGUGAGACAGGGCCACCAGGACCUGUUGGAUUUGCCGGACCCCCUGGAGCCGACGGUCAACCUGGAAUCAAAGGAGAGCAGGGAGAAACUGGUCAGAAGGGAGACGCCGGGGCCCCCGGACCUCAAGGGCCAUCUGGUGCCCCUGGACCUGCAGGUCCUACAGGUGUGUUUGGACCCAAAGGAGCUCGUGGAGCUCAGGGACCAUCUGGUGCCACCGGAUUCCCAGGAGCUGCUGGUCGUGUCGGUCCACCUGGUGCCAAUGGUAACCCUGGACCUGCUGGUUCCGCUGGUCCCCCCGGGAAAGAUGGACCCAAAGGUGUGAGGGGCGACGGUGGACCUCCAGGCAGACAGGGUGACGCUGGUCUCCGCGGUCCCGCUGGCACCCCUGGCGAAAAGGGAGAUGCCGGAGAGGAUGGUCCUCCUGGUCCCCCCGGUCCCUCUGGUCCUUCAGGUCUGGCUGGUCAACGUGGUAUCGUAGGUCUACCUGGACAGCGUGGAGAGAGAGGAUUCCCUGGACUGCCUGGACCCUCUGGUGAGCCUGGAAAGCAGGGAGGACCCGGUGGUUCUGGAGACCGUGGACCCCCUGGCCCUGUCGGACCACCUGGACUCACAGGACCUGCUGGAGAGCCUGGCAGAGAGGGCACCCCUGGAUCUGAUGGACCCCCUGGUAGAGAUGGUUCUGCUGGAAUCAAGGGUGAUCGUGGCAACACCGGUCCUGCUGGUGCUCCUGGUGCUCCAGGUGCCCCUGGUGCUUCUGGUCCCGUUGGUCCCACUGGAAAACAAGGAGACAGAGGAGAGUCUGGCGCACAAGGACCUUCUGGACCUUCAGGACCUGCCGGGGCCAGAGGAAUGCCUGGACCUCAAGGACCUCGUGGUGACAAAGGUGAGGGUGGAGAGUCUGGUGAGAGGGGACAGAAGGGACACAGAGGCUUCACUGGUCUGCAGGGUCUGCCCGGACCUCCAGGUCAAGCUGGAGACCAGGGAGCAACUGGACCUUCUGGACCUUCUGGACAGAGAGGACCACCUGGACCAGUUGGACCUUCUGGAAAAGACGGUUCUAACGGUCUGCCCGGACCCAUCGGACCACCUGGACCUCGUGGUCGCUCAGGAGAGUCUGGUCCUGCUGGUCCUCCAGGAACCCCAGGACCCCCCGGUCCUCCUGGUCCCCCUGGCCCUGGCAUUGACAUGUCUGCCUUCGCUGGCCUGGGUCAGACUGAGAAGUCUCCUGAUCCCCUCAGAUACAUGAGAGCGGAUCAAGCCGGCGGAAACCUGCGUCAGCACGACGCCGAGGUUGACGCCACCAUCAAAUCCCUGAACAACCAGAUUGAGAACAUCCGCAGUCCGGAGGGAUCGAGGAAGAACCCCGCCCGCACCUGCAGGGACUUGAAGCUCUGUCAUCCUGACUGGAAGAGUGGAGAGUAUUGGAUUGAUCCCAACCAGGGUUGCACCGUCGACGCUAUCAAGGUCUUCUGCAACAUGGAGACGGGCGAGUCCUGCGUCAACCCCAAGCCUGCCGGCAUCCCUCGCAAGAACUGGUGGUCCAGCAAGAGCAAGGAGCGCAAGCACGUUUGGUUCGCAGAAACAAUGAAUGGAGGAUUCCAAUUCAGCUACGGCGACGACAGCCUGGCGCCCAACACCGCCGCCAUUCAGAUGACCUUCCUGAGACUGCUGUCCACCGAGGCCUCGCAGAACCUCACCUACCACUGUAAGAACAGCGUGGCCUACAUGGACGACUCCACGGGGAACCUGAAGAAGGCCGUGCUGCUGCAGGGCUCCAACGACGUGGAAAUCAGAGCCGAAGGCAACAGCCGCUUCACUUACAGCGUAAUGGAGGACGGCUGCACGAGACACACUGGCCAGUGGAGCAAGACAGUGAUGGAGUACCGCUCACAGAAGACCUCUCGUCUACCCAUCGUGGACAUUGCCCCCAUGGAUAUCGGUGGCGCGGACCAGGAGUUUGGAGUUGAUGUCGGGCCAGUCUGCUUCUUGUAAAAAAAAAAAAA